AAAGAUGUGUGUGUGUGUGGGUUGGGGGGGCGUGUUGCGUUGCGGUUGUCCUGGAACUGGGAACGCCCUCAACCCCACUUCUCUUUACUGCUCACGGUUCCUCAACAUUCCUCCCCCAAAUCUCCAUCUCUCUCCCUUUCCAUCUGUUGAUUUCUUCAUCUCAGAAGAGAAGAGAAGAGGAGUUUUCGUAGCUACCCGCUCCUCCUCUGUGCAUCUCAUCUUAUCACCACCUCUUCCUUCUAUUUCUAGGCAUCUCUCUGCUUGGUUAUCCUUCGAACCAGUCCAACAACUGCGAGCAGCGCGCGUGCACACGUUUUGUUGUUGUUGUGUGACAUGGCCAAAGAGUUUGAUGAUGGAGGGCUUUGGCUGCCUUCUGAUUUCCUCUGCGACGAGUUCGUUCUCAGUGGAGGAGGAGGCAAGGACGGUGGGGGCGACUUUGCCGCGGCUUGCUUUACGGGCGAGUUCUCUUUUGGGUUUGGCUCAAAUCUGGACUCUCCUGUGGAGUCGGUGACAGAGACGGAAGAGAGCGACGAGGAAGAGGACCACAUCGCCGGGCUCACGCAGCAGAUGGCUCGUUACUUCCUCCAAGACGAGGACAAGGAUGCCUCCGGUGGUGCAGCGGACGACGCAAAGGCCAUGGCACGCUCGCCCCAGUCAACGCUGUGCGCGUGGUCCACCGCCUCCAACAAGGGGAGCUCGAACGGCCCGUCGCUCGUCUCUUCGCCGCCAUCCACGUCUCCGAUGAAGAAGCAAAACAAGGAUCCCGCUGACCUGCUCUACGAAGCCGCGGGGCAGGUGAUUCGGAUGCGGAGCAACGAUCUUGGCCGUCGCGAGAGUCUCUACGACCGCGGGAUUCUUGGCGCGCCGAUUAAACCCACCCUGGCGGCGUCGGUGGCUUCAGAGAACGCGAGCUUUGGCUACCAUGCGACCGGUGCCGUCACUCCCGUUCUCACGCAUCAGCAACUGCAGGCAACACAAUUUCACCAUCCGAGGCAGCAGCAAACGAUGAAGCAGCCGCUGUCGGUGGCCUGGGGAACGCAGAGCAAAGCCAGAGGCGGUGGCCGGCCCUUGGAUCUAUCGCCCUCCGCGUGGCCACCUCUCCGAAAACCGCCACCGCAGCAGCAGCAACCACCGCUUCCAGGGUCCGGGAUGCGGGCCGUGUUCCUCCACAACGCCGGCUCGCGGAAGGAGUCCGCCGGGACCGGCGUCUUCCUGCCGCGGACGGUUGGCAAGAAGCUCGAGCCAAGGAAAAAGACCGGCUGUUCAACCGUGCUGGUUCCCGAUAGGGUGGUUCAAGCUCUGAACCUGAACCUGAAGGAGUUCGCAGCACAGCCACGCUUCCCCGGUGGCUUUGUUCUGACUCAUGAUGCCCUUGUUGGGCGAAGCAGUGCGGGGCUAUCACAUCAGAGAAGGAAACACAACCUAACUGCCUCGCCGACGCCUGAUGCAGCAGUGGCGACGGCAGCAACCCAUGAUAUCGGCCUCCCUCAGGAAUGGACCUACUGACCCAUCUCACUUACACCAACUUACUGCAGUCUUGGUGCUUGCAAUAGUUUUUAUGAUAGGGAGUAGGAGAAGAAAUUAUGAAGAAUAUAUAUAUAUAUAUAUAUAUAUAUAUAUAUAUAUAUAUAUAUAUAUAUAUAUAUAUAUAUAUAUAUAUAUAUAUAUAUAUAUAUAUGUGGCAUAAGCAGCAGCAGUAGGGAAUUUAUAAUGGAUUUAGGAAGGUGGCAGCGCAGCAGAUUUUGGCGGGGGAUGCAGGGAUGGAUCGCAGGGUGUGAAGAAACAAUAAGCGGUGGCUGUCUUAUAUUUGGAAUCCUUUAGUUUCGCAAUAAGGAAUUCCAAGCUCUCUUUCACCUACGUCCAGCUUGAUAGUCGUCAUCAAUCACCCCCCUAAUUCUCUCUCUCUCUUUCUCUCUAGCAGCCUAUGUGUGUGUGACGGAGCGCAAGAAAUGUGCUGGUCGCUAAGAAAUAAGCAGGGCUCCCAAGUUCGUUAGUUCUUUGCCGAGUCUCGAGUCUACUCUCUGGAUGUGAAGAAAGCUAUAUAAGAUCAUGGUUUGCGGUUUGCAUGUUUGGAAAUAAAAAUGUAUCGAUUGUAAUCAAGUGUUAAUGAAAUAUUGUAUCUGCGUUCGAAUUA